CUGCAGCAUGUCCCUGAACAGUCUUGUCACAGACAGCCCACAGGUGCAGGAAAAUGCUGCCAGUAUCUCUUCCAACUACAACCUAUCCUCUACGUUGCAGGCAAGUGAAGGAACUGGAGCUAUAGCUUCCGUUGAGACCGUGACAGCCAACUUGGACAUAUUCCGGGAACACGCUUUAUAUGGACUGCUACUGGAGCUGAGUAUGGCACACCAUAGCUGUAAUGGAUGCGGGUCCUUCAGAUGUUCUGUACUGUUGUGUUCGUUACUACCCGAGUCCACCAAUGACAUGAUGAACAUCUACUUCAAGAAAAAUGAGAAAAUACCAAGAUUCCUUUCAAAAAUCAUGAACAAUGAAGUGGACACGGCUGUACGCUGGUGUAUUGAGAUCUCUUAUCCGAGACUUUUAGAAAGAAUGAAAGCCUGCAAGCCGACAUACGUUGCAAAAUUAAUUGGUUUAGUAGAGGCAAGUGUGUGUGUGCUUUUGAAAUGCGAAAGCAAAGAUGUUAACAGCGCCAGCAGCUCCUGCGGCUUGUCAAAAACGCCAUGUGCUCAUACUACUACUGAACAGCAGGCCCCAACAACCGCUGUGGAUACAACACUGGAGCUUGGCAGGACAGCUGUACAAGAAGGUACAUCUAGAACGUCCCAGCACCUGGAGAUUUCGGAUGCCACCUCCAUUUCAUCCUGUCUACCUCCCAGGGGGUACACAUUUGAGGCAAGUGAAGGAACUGGAGCUAUAGCUUCCGUUGAGACCGUGACAGCCAACUUGGACAUAUUCCGGGAACACCCUUUAUAUAGACUGCUACUGGAGCUGAGUAUGGCACACCAUUGCUGUAGUGCAGAAAAGUCCUCAAGAUGUUCUGUGCUGUUGUGUUCGUUCCUACCCGAGUCCACCAAUGACAUGAUGCAACUCCAUUUGAAGAGAAACAAGAAAAUUGAAGGAACACUUUCAAAAAUCACGAACAAUGAAGACUUAAAAGUGGACACGGCUAUACGCAGGUGCAUUGAGACCACUUAUCCGUCACUUUUAUCAAAAACGAAAGUCAUCAGGUCGACAUACACCAAACGGGUCUUGGAUACAGUAACUUGCCAAUUAGAAAUGUACCUAAUGGCAGCAUACAAAAGUGCUAACAGCGCCAGCAGCUCCUGCGGCUUGUCAAAAACGCCAUGUGCUCAUACUACUACUGAACAGCAGGCCCCAACAACCGCUGUGGAUACAACACUGGAGCUUGGCAGGACAGCUGUACAAGAAGGUACAUCUAGAACGUCCCAGCACCUGGAGAUUUCGGAUGCCACCUCCUAUAUACUUCCCAGGGGGUACACAUAUGAGGAAAUUAAGCCUCUGUGGACAUGGCUGUCAUGUAACGCUCCAAGAAAACCCAGCAGAAGAGAGAAGGCUGCCUUGGUCAUAGAAUCGGGAUUGUCAAGCAGCGAAGUAACGACGUGGUUUUCUGCCUUUUAUCGAAGAAAUAGGCUCAUGCCGGUAGAUUGAAUUUAUUUUAAAUUGAGAGAAAUAAAAAUAAAAAUUUUUACUUUAGAAAUAAAAUUCUAAAGUAGAGAAAUUUUCUCUACUUUAGAAUUUAUAUAGGAAUUUUAUAUAGGUAGAAUUUAUAUAGGAAUUUUAUAUUUGUAGAAUUUAUAUAGCCAGUUUUUUUUUUUUUUUUUUUAUUCCUAAGAAAUUGUGAACAC